CUGUGCUUAACAACAACAUUGGUUGCAGAGAAAUGGCUGGAAGGGUCUAACGAAGUUGUUUAGUCAAAUAAAUACAGCUGUCCGAGCCACACUGCACAUCAUCCAGUGAGCCUAAACUAGAAUCAGCGUGGUCACUUUGUGUGUUUGUAAGCAGGAGACUCAGCUAAAGACUCUAAAAACCUGCCGUGCUGUGGUAUCUAUACGGCUAGCUUGUUAGCAGACAGUGUGUUUAUUGGCUAAAAUGAACGGCCAUCAGAACGGUUUCCAUAACAACUCGCUCAUUGAUGAAGACUGCUUCCUCUUCACUUCUGAAUCUGUCGGAGAGGGUCACCCCGAUAAGAUUUGUGACCAAAUCAGUGAUGCCGUGUUGGAUGCACACCUCAGACAAGACCCUGAUGCCAAAGUGGCAUGUGAGACUGUUGCUAAGACGGGGAUGAUCCUGCUGGCGGGGGAGAUCACCUCCAGGGCCAACGUGGACUAUCAGAAAAUUGUCAGGGACACAAUCAAACACAUAGGCUAUGACGACUCCUCCAAAGGCUUUGACUAUAAGACCUGCAAUGUGCUGGUGGCUUUGGAGCAGCAGUCCCCUGACAUUGCUCAAGGUGUUCACGUGGAUCGAAAAGAGCAGGAUGUGGGAGCCGGUGACCAGGGUCUGAUGUUUGGAUAUGCCACUGAUGAGACUGAGGAGUGUAUGCCCCUUACUAUUGUUCUGGCUCACAAGCUAAAUGCCAAGAUGGCUGAAUUGCGCCGAAACGGAACGCUGUCGUGGCUCCGACCCGAUUCCAAAACUCAGGUGACUGUUCAGUACAGACAGGACCGAGGCGCCAUGAUGCCAUUGCGUGUCCACACCAUUGUGGUCUCUGUCCAGCACGAUGAGGCUAUAACUUUGGACGAGAUGCGCAGAUGUCUAAAGGAGCACGUGGUGAAAGUGGUUGUUCCCGGUGGCUACCUUGACGAUGAAACCAUAUACCACCUGCAGCCCAGUGGACGCUUUGUCAUUGGGGGACCACAGGGUGAUGCUGGUCUGACUGGCCGUAAGAUCAUCGUUGAUACUUAUGGGGGUUGGGGUGCCCAUGGAGGCGGAGCCUUUUCUGGGAAGGACUACACAAAGGUGGAUCGCUCUGCUGCCUAUGCUGCCCGCUGGGUGGCCAAAUCUCUGGUGAAAGCUGGGCUCUGCAGGCGUGUGUUGGUCCAGGUAUCCUAUGCUAUUGGAAUUGCCCAUCCACUCUCUAUCUCCAUCUUCCACUAUGGGACCUCCCAAAAGAGCGAGAAGGAGCUGUUGGAAAUUGUGAUGAAGAACUUUGACCUCCGUCCAGGAGUUAUUGUGAGUGAUCUUGACCUGAAGAGGCCCAUCUACCAGCGCACAGCAGCUUAUGGUCACUUUGGUCGUGACGGCUUUCCAUGGGAGGUGCCCAAGGUGCUGAAAUACUGAACCCCCCCCUCUAAUCUCGAAUCCAGCCGGUCUUAGGUGUACUGCAGAUUAACCUGUCUGUCUACUUUCCUCCUUUCUCCUCCACCUCCCACCUCUUUGUCCUCACACAAAAACACAGCCACAUCACAACAACCUCCACCUGUUAGUAUUGUACACUUCUCUUUGAGAUAAAAUCAUUUCAGUUGCAGAUAUUAAAUUGAACCAGAAAGUUGGAUACAUUGUUCAUACAGAUUUGAGCAGUGCUACCAGCUUAUAUUCAUUUUUGCUCUGGCAGCUUGCCUCAUUUUGUUUCUAUGUUUAAUGGUCAUCUAGUUUCCUGACACUGGUAGUUAAGAGUGGAUUAACUUAACAAAUUUAAACCAUAUUUACAGCAUAUUUCUAAAACAUCCACAUUGGUAUUGAUUGUGAUUUGUAAGCCAUGUUUGGUAUUCCAAAGCUUUCAAUUCAGAAUCUCACUGCAGUUUAGUUGUAGAAGUGAUCAGUAGUUGGCAUCCUCUGUUGCUUUUUCUUUAAUUAAUGGCAACACUUAACUUUGUUGGGUUUAUGACAAUUUAACAUUGAAAAAACAUCAGCUCUGUUCCACUCACACCCUCCCCAUCUCUCUUUUUGAAAUGUUGAUGGCACAAAUAAGGUUAAACACUCGUCGAUAAAUUCUGCUCAUUCUUUUUCUCACAUUUUUUCAUUUUGUGCUAUCCCUUCAUGCGGUUUUAUUUCUGACGUUUUACAGAGAAGUCAGAAGCUGCUAUUAACCUUGUGGUUAUGUUGGGCUGCGCCAUGAAAUCACUCAAUUUCUGUAAUUUAUUUUGUUGGUUUAAAUGCCAUGUGAAUGUUCAAAUAAUGUUAAAUGUGUCAAUGUCCUACUGACCAAGAUAAAGGCAUGGGGCGGUACUCCCUCGCCCUUCCUGAGAUUGACUCUGGGUGUAGCUACAGAGAAACCCAGUUCAGUCACCUCUGGGCAGAGGCUGCCUUCAUCUCAUGGCAACAUUCUACUUGAAAUAAGUU